GGCCUGAUAGCCGGGCUUGGCGACUGGCAAAUUCUUCCUUCCCCGGGGUAGAGUCCCGGGCUGGGAAACUGGUUCCGAACCCAACGGAACCCAGCGCCGGGCGACGCCGGGUCACGUGGCCGACGGCCCAAUGACGUGCCGGCUGUGGGGCGUCAUCGUGACGUUCGGGCGAUCAUCCGAGUGGCCCCGCUACCUCUGCCACCUCCGCCACCUGUGCGGCCGCGGUGCUGUCAUGGACCUGGGACCCAUGCGCAAGAGUUACCGCGGGGACCGAGAGGCAUUUGAGGAGGCUCAGCUGACCUCCCUGGACCCCAUGAAGCAGUUUGCUGCCUGGUUCGAGGAGGCUGUUCAGUGUCCUGACAUAGGGGAAGCCAAUGCCAUGUGUCUGGCUACCUGCACCAGAGAUGGGAAGCCGUCUGCCCGCAUGGUGCUGCUGAAGGGCUUUGGCAAGGAUGGCUUCCGUUUCUUCACUAACUUCGAGAGUCGAAAGGGAAAAGAGCUGGACUCUAAUCCCUUCGCUUCCAUUGUCUUCUACUGGGAGCCCCUAAACCGUCAGGUGCGUGUGGAGGGCCCUGUGAAGAAGCUGCCCGAGGAGGAGGCCGAGUGCUACUUCCACUCCCGCCCCAAAAGCAGCCAGAUUGGGGCCGUGGUCAGUCACCAGAGCUCCGUGAUCCCCGAUCGGGAGUAUCUGAGAAAGAAAAACGAGGAACUGGAGCAGCUCUACCGGGAACAAGAGGUGCCGAAGCCAAAAUACUGGGGUGGCUACGUCCUGGACCCGCAGGUGAUGGAGUUCUGGCAGGGCCAAACCAACCGCCUGCACGACCGGAUCAUCUUUCGGCGGGGCCUCCAGACAGGAGACCCCCCUUUGGGGCCCAUGACCCACCGCGGGGAGGAAGGCUGGCUCUACGAGAGACUUGCGCCCUGACUCC